AUGAGUUUGAUAUGGAUUGGUGAAAUCGAUGUCUCGAUGAACGAUAAUUGCAUCGCGAAGUUCCGUCAGGGGAGUAAGGCGGCACUCGUUGAGGUUCGUGGUGGCUUAGCACGAUUUGGGGGCUGGGCGCAAUCUGGGGGCUGA